CAGGGAGGGGGCUCCGGGCCAGCCAGGCGGGGCCUGCUAUAGUAUCAGUGCAGUGCUGUGUGUAUGUGGAGUCGGGGGAGCGGCGACGACAGAGUAGCAGCAGCAGCAUCAGACACAGGCGGGGGCGGCUCAGUGUGGCUGUGUGCAUGCACUGUACGCUGCUAUGUAGUUACCCGCACACAGGGACCCCCGCACGCAGGCUGCCGCAUUGUUAUCGCAUGUGCCCGGAGGAGAGGACGCGGGAUGGGACUGACAUGUUGACAGAAUCCCAGUGCUCAGUGGAUCGAAGCAGCGAUGCGGGUCUCAGGAGUACUGUAGCUGCAUAAAUGAACAGUGCACUCGUUCACCUUUGCUCCAGAUGACUUACAACUGAGGAAAGAUGUCUACUGCUACAGAGAAUGGAAAUGCAACAGGUGAAAAAACAGUUGGGGAGAAAACAUACAAAAAGACAGCAUCAUCAGCGAUUAAAGGUACCAUUCAACUGGGAAUAGGCUACACAGUUGGUAAUCUUACAUCCAAGCCUGACAGAGAUGUGCUUAUGCAAGACUUCUAUGUAGUGGAGAGCGUCUUCUUACCAAGCGAAGGGAGUAAUUUAACCCCAGCACAUCAUUACCCAGACUUCAGAUUUAAGACCUAUGCUCCUCUAGCAUUCCGUUACUUCAGAGAGCUUUUUGGUAUCAAACCCGAUGAUUACCUGUAUUCACUCUGCAGCGAACCCUUGAUUGAAUUGUCUAACCCUGGAGCAAGUGGCUCCAUUUUCUUUGUAACCAGUGAUGACGAAUUUAUCAUCAAAACCGUUCAGCACAAAGAGGCAGAGUUUCUGCAGAAGCUGCUUCCUGGCUAUUAUAUGAACUUAAAUCAGAAUCCCAGGACACUACUGCCCAAAUUUUAUGGACUAUACUGUCUUCAGUCUGGGGGUAUAAACAUUCGACUUGUGGUAAUGAACAAUGUUUUGCCGCGUUCAAUGAAGAUGCAUUUCAAAUAUGACCUAAAAGGAUCAACGUAUAAACGGAGAGCGUCUCGGAAAGAACGGGAGAAAACCUGCCCCACAUACAAAGACUUGGAUUUUCUGCAGGACAUGCAUGAAGGAUUGUAUUUUGAUCCUGAGACCUACAGCGCAUUGAUGAAAACACUACAGAGAGAUUGUCGUGUGCUAGAAAGUUUCAAAAUUAUGGACUACAGCCUACUGCUUGGAGUUCACUUGCUUGACCAUGCAUCGAAAGAGAAAGAAGGAGAAACUUCUCAGUAUUCCAUAGACAAUAAACGGCCAUCGGUGCAGAAAGUUCUGUAUUCCACUGCACUAGAGUCUAUCCAGGGUCCAGGGAUGGCUGUCGACUCUGUCAUAAAAGAGAGCAUGAUGGGUGGCAUUCCAGCAAAAAACCAUAGAGGAGAACGGCUUCUGCUUUUUAUGGGUAUUAUCGACAUUCUGCAGUCCUACAGGCUGAUGAAGAAGUUGGAACACUCAUGGAAAGCAUUAGUUUAUGAUGGGGACACUGUGUCGGUCCACAGGCCAAGUUUUUAUGCAGAUAGAUUUUUGAAAUUUAUGAGUGCCAGGGUCUUCAAGAAGGUCCAAGCUUUAAAGUCUUCACCCUCCAAGCGGCGGUGCAAUUCUAUUCCAGCUUUAAAGUCUUCAUCGCAGGAGAUACUGUCUGCCAACAAUCCUGAGGAGAAAAGCAAAAAACUGACAGAUGGGCAGAGUUUCGCCAGUCUAGAUGAAGAGGCACUACAUUCAAGACAUCGGCCUGAUCUUGUACCAAGCACGCCAUCCUUGUUUGAAGCUGCUUCCUUAGCAACAACAAUUUCCUCUUCCUCGUUGUAUGUCGACGAUCAGUAUCACCAUGAAGAUACUAUUCGCUAUUCCAGCAGAAGAGGACUGCCGUCAAGUUCAACAUUCACUCUUGAAGACAGUGCAUACCAGACAUCUGAACAGAGCACAUUAGAAAUGGACAAUGACAAUGUCUCCGUCUUUGAUGUCUACUUAUAAGAGAAGAAAGAGAGGGACAAGGAUCCGCCUUGGGAGAAAGAGUUUACUCUAAAGAUAGUGGAUUACCAUGUGUGUCCUGAUUCUAAGAGGAUAGUCUCUGAACUUGUAUGAUUUUGGACAGGAGGACCUGGUUAUAUCUUCUGCCUUUUCCUGACAUACCUGGCAGGAGGAAUGCCUUUUCCUGACAUACCUGGCAGGAAGAAUGGAAAAAUGACAAUUUGUUUGCACUCCAUUUGUGGAACUGUGAAGAACUCUUACAAAAUAAUGAAGUUUCUGCUUCUGUUGCUGCAGAUCAUCUUGGGCUGAUUUUCACCCAGAAAUCACUUUGUGUUUUCUUUGCAUGUUUCAGCUGUUAAUGGCACGACUUAUGACCUGUUGGCCUGCUAAAUACAAAUGCUCGGAAGACUAUAAAUGCAAAAUUCAUGUAGUAUUUUUACGUCUUCUGAAAUAAUAAUCUCUAAAGUCUGUCUUGUUGGGUUGUAAUAUAAUUUCAUGCAUCGAUUACCUUCUGUGUACACAUGGAGAAUAGCUUCCGUACCGAUAUUUUCAAUAUGUUUACUAGAGAAAUGGAAGAAAAUGUGCUAUUUAUAACUAAGCCUUAUGUUGUGUACAUACUGUCUUUGAAAUAUUGUGAUCUAGUUUAUUGCUUGUAAAUGAGAAAUUAUAUAAUUUAUUUAGACAAAAUUAACUGUAUACUAUAGUUUUAUUGAUGAAAGAAAUAAAAUAUUUUGUUCUGAG